AUGCCGUGCUUGCCAGCCAUUGUAACCCUUCAUGUGCUGCUGCAAGUUUCUGGCCUACCGGACAGGUACGCUUUGGGCGAUGCGUGCCUUGAUGGCGCUUGUGCAGGGACAGCGUUGAUGCAGGUUCGAAUGGCCCAAAUGGGCCCAAAGCCGGAAAAGGAGGUUGCUCAAGCGAAAGAUACGGGCUCGCCAGAGACCGAGCCAACUCGCCGAAUCAUGUUCCUCCACAUUCCAAAGACGGCUGGCACGUCCUUCGUUGCAGAUGCAAUGCUCAUGGUACCUUCCAGCGUCGCCUUCCUAGACAACGGCGAGCUUUCCCUUCUGGGCACUCCCCAUUUUCGCAAUGAAACGCGUGUGGUGAUGCUCCGCAACCCGCUGGACCAUGUGUUGUCGCAAUUUCUUGAGUGCAAGUUCGACUGGUGGGGCAAGCGUGUCACCGCGGGCACAGACUUCCCUUUCAAACCAGGAGUCUAUGGUGGUCUCGAUGAGUGGGUUCAUCAUUUCACGAACCUCAAGAACACGUCGGUCCUCGGGUUUGAGCCUGAUAGCAAGGAGUGGGCCCGAGCGGUCAGUCACAACUGCUACAACCCGUGGAACAUGCAGAGUAGAUACUUAGCCAGUACCUGGGACCACUAUGUGCCUUUCAGUGAGCUGCAGCCAGAUAUCGAGGCUGCGCGGAAGAGCCUUCAAGGUGUGCAGGUAGUGGGCGUGCCCGAGCUUUACGUGGAGUCGCUUUGCCUGGUCCAUUUGGAGACGCAUGGCCAUCUACCGAAAAGCUGUACCUGCGGCCAGCAAGGACCUCUUGCUCAGAUCAGUACUGAGUCCCAUUAUGUGCCUAAUCACACCAUCAGCGACCUUCCGGACAACCUUCUAGCGGAGAUGGCAAAGCUGGUGCAAGUCGAUGCGCAGAUCUAUGUUGAUGCAUUGAACCGCUUCGAAGCAGCCGUAAGACUGGCCUCCGACCGUACUGGAAUCAAGAUGUUCUGUGAAGAUCGGCUUGAACAAGCGUGGGAGAAUGCGAAUUCUCUGUUACGGAGACUUCAUUUGGACAAAGAAUCUGAAUUGCAGCGAAUGUGGGGCCAUGUGCAUGUAGAAGUGGUUGCAACUGCUGCGAAGCAGCCAGGCGAUCAGUCUAAGCACCAGAGCUGA